UGUCGUUAUUAGAUUAUGUAUUAUCUGGGGUACUGCAAGAGAUAAGAAACGAGGGUAACUGUCGCCUGGAUAGAACAGAUUUUUCCUCGAGAGAAUUUAAAAAUAGCUUUUUUAUAUAUUUUUUUAUUAAACGAAAUAUAUUUAUUUGAUUCAAAUUAAUAUCACGCUCAAAAUUAAUGUGUUAAUUGUAAAAGUAAAGUAAAAAUCGUUGUUAUAUAUUUAAAUAAUGAUAUAAAAUUAGCGAUUCGUGUAUAUUUCACUGUUAACUUUUACCGGUAUUUUAUUUAACGCCAGUGUUGUAUGUUUAUAUAUUUUAAACGUUGUCAUAAUUCAAUCGGUUAUUGUGGUACAUGUUUAAUGCAUUUAAACAACUCACGAACGUGUUAAUGAACAUUCAGCUUCAUUUAUCACGAUUUUUGUACACUUAUUAUUUGUUAGAAGUCUAUGCUCCCAUUCCAAUAUUAACAUUUAGUUGGAUAUUACAAACAUAACAGAGAAAAUAUAUCAAAAAUAAAUUCACUGAUAAAUAUGUUUAUUAUUGUAUAGGCGUUGUUGACGUAAAUAGAAAAUUAUAUUAUAGUAUUAUUUACGUAAACAUAUUGAUAAUGUCCGUAUUAAAAAUUUCGUCUUCAAUCAUCACGACAAUAAAAUAUAAGGUCCGUCGAUUCGGUGAUAUGAGCAACCUGCACGGCGUGGGAUAUGUUUUCUCAAUGUCAAACAUUCCGUAUUUCAAAAGAUUCUUUUGGCUGAUAAUCCUAUGUAUUUGCUGCUUUGGUGCUUGGGAGAUACUAAAGUCAUCUCUGUAUAUAUUAUCCACUGGAGCUGGUUCGUAUGUGGUGGAGACGAAUAACUUGGAGUGGAACACACCAUUUCCAGGGGUUACUGUUUGCAAGCAUACCGAUAUGGAAGCUGUUAAACAGUAUCUUAAGAAGUACAAUAUAUCAACGAAUGCUACAAAAUUUUUCCACGAGGUAUCGUUUUGGGAUCUCAAAUACUGUACGUCUUGCACGAUUUGCAAAUUAAAUGACAGUUGCGUUGAAGAUUUUACGAGCGCCAUCCCUGAAAUAAGACAGGGCUGUUCACAAUUGUUUACCGAAUGCAAAUUCGGCGGGAGCGAUUUCAAUUGUUGUGAUAAGUUUCAACCUAUAGAAACUGAGUUUGGCAGCUGUUAUGUCUUCAACUCUGCACUUUUGAGUAACGCUAGCUUGUUGACGGUGAAUAGAACAAUCGGCCUGCCUGAUUUAGUAUUUCACGUCAGGAAAGUUGUAGCGGUAAGGAUUCACGCUCCUAGAGAUAUUGUUUCAGGUGGAAUGCUAAAUAUAUUACAAGUUCAGUCAGUACCAUUAGUUACUGAGAUGGAUGUGAUGCUGAGGGCUGAACCAACAAUUAAUGACGAAUCAGUUACGACUCUGUCCGAGGCGUCACGUGACUGUCUGUUAGAUGAUGAGCGACCUCCUUACCCCGACUGGCCGUUCGGAUACUAUACACGGAGUGCUUGCAUUUUGUAUUGCAGGGCGCUCGCUCAGAUGAGUCGUUGUAAUUGUACGCAUCACUUUUUAGCAAAAAUAGUCAAUAAACCAGCAUGCAAUAUUCUUGGACUGAAUUGCUUAUAUAUAAAAAGAAAUUCUAUCGUACAUUUUGCAAAAGAAAAAUGUGCUUGUCCAAUGGCUUGCGAGGAGACUGUUUACGACGCUAUUCAUGUUUUUUCAAGACGAGUUAGCACUACAAUGACGGAACAACAAAGGCUAGGUACUAUGAUUAAAGUACGCUUUACAAAUUUGCCUUCGUUGCGGGUGAGGAGACUAGCGAUCACGACUCCUCUUAAACUUGUUGUUGACAUGGGCGGUAUUGGCGGAGUGUUUUUCGGCGCUUCCCUCCUCAGUGUCAUAGAGCUGAUUUAUCUCCUUUGCAUCCGACGUAGCUAAAUGAUUAAGCAUUUGAUAUAUAUCGGCGCAAGCAGCUUCAAUGACGGAUGCAACAUGAAAAUAACUCAAGACUGGCAUCAAUUAUUAUAACAACUUAUUGGUCGUCGUUACUAUUGUUAAAAGUAAAACGAAAUCAAAGAGAAUAGAACUAUGUUUGAAUUCUGGUAUAAAUAUGACGUCUGGACGCACGACAGCGAACUGCAGAGUUCAGCGAGUGCGGAUCAUAAAGAAUGUGAUUAUGAAGAACCUUCGAGAAAUACAAGAACAUUUAGAAGAAUUGAAGUUUCAUUUUAAAAUAUCUGGGACGUACUGAAACAAGUGACAUUAGUGACGUCAGCGAGGCUGGCGUCCUGUCUUUAAAAUAAUGAAUUUAUAAUAAAUCCGAU